AUGUCUACAAGAUCCAACGGCAGUCUUGCGAGACAGCAGCCAUCCUCUCAACAGCAGCAACUGCAGCAACAGUUCAUUCAGCCCAACUCACCCCCAGGGGAAGCCCACGGGCUCCCUUCAGUUCCCGGCCGUCUCACCAGGAAGCGAGCCCAGUCCAUCAACGUUGAGGAGGCAAACCACCCCAGGGUCGAAGGGCUGACCAUCCACUCCCCAGCGUUGGUGAGCACACCCCCGCCUUCAGCUACCACGACGGAUCUUAUAUGCAUCUGUCCAGCGCCACCAAAAGUUCCGAGACCUCGCAACGCCUUCAUCCUUUACCGCCAACAUCACCAAGCCGGUGUGGUUCUCAAGUAUCCCGGCCUGGCAAAUCCGGAGAUUUCCAAAAUCAUUGGUGAGCUGUGGCGUGAAGAGACUGAGGAGGUCAAGAACUAUUGGAAGCGUCUUGCAGAGGAAGAAAAGGCCCGGCACCAGCGUCAGUAUCCGCAGUACAAAUACCAGCCUCGCCGCGGCGGAAAAGGUGGUCCAUCUGCUAGACCUGCUUCUGCCUUGGGAGAGGAUCCGGGACGGUGUCCAAAGUGCCAGGGACGGUAUAUCGCGACGCCUAGGACGCCUUCCACGCCCUUCAUGCCGGGUGGCCACCAUGGGCACCCGUUGGGGUCGUCUGCAAUGCAGCCAUUCCUUGCCAACAACCCGAGGGUGGUUGAGCAAGUACAGCAGCACCAUAGGCCCUUGAUGGAUAUGGGACCUCCACAACUGGGAGGAGACCCUCGCCGCGUGCAGUACUACCCACAACAUCAAGAGCAGCUUCGGACAAUUGAGGAAAACUAUGAUGGAAUGCCUCCUCACAUGUCAAAGAGACGGGCCGCACAUGACGACUAUGAUAUGAUGUCGCCAGCGGACGCAAAGCGACGGCGCGUUGCCGACCGUGGUCGCUCACCUGAUCCCUCAGUGCCUCCUUCGCAGCAUCCGCAGCACCACCAACAAUCUAUCUCGUCCCCUGUAAACUACGCUGCGCACAACUCGGGAGUCCGGCGAACCUCCUCUAUGAGCAGCAGUGUCUACGCUGGAACGCCUGGAAGCGGCACAUUUGGUCCGGGCCCUAUGGCUCCUCUUCCGCGUCCACGCAUGCCCACAGGCCCAAGUGGCUUGCAGCAGGACAAUACAAUGAUGGCUCCGCCUCCUCGCCCGCCUCGACAAUUCAGCACCGGUGCACCACCGCCGUCAUCAAGCCAUACAUCGCGCUCCAACUCGGCGUACGACGAGUCUUUAACACUGGCGCCCUUGCAAAUCCCCACAUCGCCCACGCAAACCUCUGAUACUAGUGGCGCCCGAACACUCUCGGGCGGCGGGGUUACCGGACUGGGAAUCAUGAACCAGCAACAGGGGCAGUCGAGGGACAGCCAAGCGAGAGGAAUCGAGGCCAUGGUCAUGAGCAUUCCAUACAUGAACAAGCUGGAUGUCCUGCGCAAAAUUAGCCCUCCCUUAGGGCCACCUGCACCAGGCAGCCCCUUUGUCGAGACGAGGGGGCCGGUAAUAGCCAUCGAGGGUGCAAACAUGGCAUUGAUGCGGGAGGUGAUGCCUGUUAUCGAGAGGGCGUUGAGGCAGUCUGGGGAGUGUGAGACCAAGAUCUGGACGGACUCGUCCCCAGCGAAACAGGUUGGCGUAUCCGAUGCCCAUAGCCCUGGAAGAAAGGGCGAUGGGGAGGAUGCGGCAAUGAGCGGUACACAGGACAAGGAUAGCGCCAGCACGGAAAGCCGAAGCGGCAGCCUGGGAAGUGGUAUCACCAACCCAGAUGCCAGUGGCACUGGUAAUUCGAGCUCACACGCGAUGGGGACAUUCAACUACCUGCAAACCAUCAUGGAGUGGCACUCCAAAUCCGCAGAGAUUAUCAAGCACAUCACGACUCAGCAACCCGCCCCUGCUCCGUCAUCCAAGCCGCUCCUUCCCGUUGCCCUGAUACCUGAUGGGUUCAGUCUUACACUCUCUGACAAGUUCGCAUCCACGGUGGCUAUCACGGACCCGUACUCGCCCGUGGAUCAUUGGCAGUGGAUGGCAACACUGUGGCGGGGCAUCGUGGGCCCGGACCUGGUGGUAUACGUUCGAGCAUCGACAUCAGAAGAAUUAGCGAGGAGCGGCUCCAGCGCGGUCGAAUACCGGUCUCCGGGUAUAAUGAUCGUGAGGGUCGAUGCUGAGAAGGGGGCUGUGGACGAGAAGACGGAGAGGAGGCUGGCUUUUGAGGUGAUGGAAUGGGUUAGGGCGGGCAGUUUCAGGGACGGAUAUGCAUUUGGAAACGACUGA